UGUCUUUUUUUCUCGUGGUGUGGCUAUUCUCUACUUGCAUGUGCUCCUCUAUCUUCUUCUUCUUCUUCUUCAAAACUUUUCUGGGAAUAUUAGACACUUGAAAAGAAACCCCACGCUCGAGCACAAAGAAAAAAAAAAGAAAGCAUCUUUUCUCUUCUUUUUUUUUUCUCGGUAAACAAGCAGAGGUUGUGAUUUCAUUGGCAUACGCAAAAAAGCUCUCUCGGGUUUUUCUUUUCUCCUCCUUUCUUCAACUUUCUGGGAAAAUCUUGGCUUUUCUCGUCUCUCUCUCCUCCUCCACCGCGAGAAUACCAUAGAGACGCUGGGAUUUCUCGUCCUUUGAUAAAACUUUUGCAGAGCAUCAGCCUAAUCUCUCCCUCUCUGUCUUCUUGUUCAAGUCUCCUCUCCUUUUCGUCCCUUUCUUUAUUCUCUGUCUUCCUUCUUUUUUCCCCUUCUGAAAUCUCUCUUUUGCUUUCAAUGCUUUUCUCAAGUCUCUGAGAUAUAUAUAUAGAGACAGAGCCGCACAUACACAGUCUCAGUCACAGUCAGAGUCAGAGACCCUGUUUGGAUAGCGAGAAAAUGGAAACGGAGAAGAAAAUCGUUCUCCCGAGAAUCAGAUUCAAGGAGCACAAAAUCAACAGCACCACAACCUUACCCACAAACUUCAAUUUCAACCCUAAACCCAGAAUCUUACGCAUCUCCGUCACCGACCCCGACGCCACCGAUUCCUCCAGCGACGAAGACGCAGAACAUAGCGAAAUCCCCAAACGACGUCGUGUUAAGAAGUUCGUUAACGAGGUCGUGCUCGAAUCUCUCUCUGUGAAGACUGGCGGCGGUUGCGAAAGGACGAGGAAGAGACGGAAGACGGCGGGAAGAGAUUCCGGGAAGGCCGAAGCACCGGCGGUGGCGGCGGAGAGGAAGUUCCGGGGGGUGAGGCAACGGCCGUGGGGAAAAUGGGCGGCGGAGAUAAGAGAUCCUCUGAGACGUGUACGGCUCUGGUUAGGUACCUACGAUACGGCGGAGGAAGCCGCCAUGGUUUACGACAACGCCGCGAUCCAGCUCCGUGGCCCCGACGCGCUCACUAACUUCGCCACCCCGCCGCCACGCGCUAUGGCGGAGACGGAGAAGCCUCCGCCGGGGAACGCCGACGCCACCGCCUCCACCAGCACCAGCGUCGGAAUCUGCUCGCCGGUGUCGGUUCUCCGGUCUCCGUUCUCCGUCGAGGAAUCCUCCAAGCCAUCACCUACGGUGGUUGAGCCGUCGACCACCGUGACGGAGUCGUUCUCGGAUUUCUCGGCAACGUUGUUCCAAAACGACGACGUGUUCGAUUUCCGAAGCUCGGUGCCCGACUUUUUCGGCGGGGAUAUAUUCGGUGAAGAUCUAUUCUCAUGUACGGGUCCGGGUUUGAAUCUCGGGUUUGAAUUCGGAUCCGGGUUCGGGUCCGGAUUCUCCAGCUGGCACGUGGAGGACCAUUUUCAAGACAUAGGGGACCUAUUCGGGUCGGAUCCUCUCCUCGCGGUCUGAAUCAAAACACCGAUAAAUAAACCGGCCGUUAACCGGUCGCGUGUUUUAGUACCUGUGGAAACUUGACAAUAUCAAGCGGUGUUUACGGUUUUA